AUGGGAACAGUUAUUCGGAAUAUCUCACAAUUUUUGUUUUCCUACAGAACGACUUUAUUAAACUUUCCAGGGGAAUGGCUUGCGCGUCCGCUCUGCGAUUUGAGGCAGAUCACAGAACGUCAAGACGUCAUCGAAUCACUUGUCCUUAAUUCUGAUGUUCGACGAACUUUGAAUGAUAUGUUGCUUCCGAAAGUCCCCGACAGCAGUCAACUUGCGCGGAAGCUAGUUCUUAGCAAAGCCAAACUGCAGGAUUGCUAUCGCGUGUAUCAACUAGCCAUGUUGCUACGGCACUUCGAAACCGCUCUGCGUGAUCUUUACGACAACGAUGAAAAAAAUGCUCCAGCCGUCAAAGAUGUCAUGCUGGAACCUAUAUGCUACGGAUUAUUACAAUUCGAUAAAUACUGUCAAUUGAUUCGUAGUACUGUAGAUGAUGACUAUUAUAAGAAAACCGGAGAUUUUCGAAUCCGUCCAGACAUCGAUCCUGAGCUGUUGCGAAUCAGUGAUGAAAUGGCUACACUGGAAAAGCAAGCCGAAAAAGCAAGAGCCAAAAUCGCUUCGCGCUUGGACAUUGACUCUGUGAAACUGGAUUGUACACCACAACAGGGCUUUUUGUUUCGAGUCACACUCAAGGAAGAGAAAAAUCUUCGUUCAUGCAAGUUCAUCACUAUUGUCGACACAACGAAAGGUGGAGGUGUGCGAUUCAAAGAUGACGAUUUAGUCGAACUCAAUGAACGUUACCAAGUAUUGAACGAUAUAUACCGAGCUGCGCAGCAAGAUUUGGAGAAAAAAGUCGUAGCAACUUGUGCUGGCUACGCUCCAGCGCUCAGUGGAUUGAGCAGUGUGUUGGCAACAAUAGAUGUUGUGACCAGUUUAGCACGUCUUGUGGCUGAUUCAGCUGGAGAAUACGUGCGACCGAAACUGGAACCCAUGGGUAGCGGAGUGUUCGAACUACGAAAAUGUCGUCAUCCUGUGCUGGAGGCGUUGAUUGAUGAGCAUUUCAUUCCGAAUGACAUUGAUCUUGGUCAGUUAGCGGCUAUCUUUCUUUCAGACCCGAGAAAAAAACCUGGAUCAGUCCAUUAUUCACUUUUGCUUUCAGGGACUAAUCGACUGAUUGUACUCACUGGUGCGAACAUGGGUGGGAAGAGUACUUAUCUGAGAUCCGCUGCUAUUUCUGCUUUGUUGGCACAAAUCGGGAGCUUUGUUCCCGCAUCGUAUGCUCGUUUAUCUGUUCUCGAUGGAAUUUUCACGCGAGUUGGGGCUAGCGACCAACAAACUAGAGGGAUAUCCACGUUCAUGGCGGAAAUGCUUGAUAGUGCGACGAUUUUAGAAACAGCAACCUCGAAUUCGCUUGUUAUUGUUGAUGAACUGGGCCGUGGAACCUCAACCUAUGAUGGAUUCGGUUUAGCGUGGGCCAUAGCUAACGAUCUUCUGAAUAGAGUCCGCUGUUUUUGUCUGUUUGCUACACACUUUCAUGAGAUGGGAUCUAUUGCCAGUCAACCAGGCGCUACUGCCAUGCAGGUAUACAUAGUUAUAUCUCAAUAUGGAAACAUCAAAUAUUUGUAA